AUGGGCGAGUCUUGGGAGUUGCCUUCAAAGCGUGCGAAGUCCAGUCAUAAUUCUGCUGGUAAACGAUUGAUAGUGAUUUUGGAGCAGGCUUCUCUCGAGGUGGCAAAGGUCGGUAGGUCGUACGAAUUGCUCAGCAGCGAAAAACAUGUAAAUUUCCUGAAAAAGCAGAAGAAGGAUCCUGCGGACUAUCGUCCAGAUAUCACCCACCAGUGCCUUUUAAUGCUGCUGGACAGUCCUUUGAAUCGGUCGAGUCUGCUGCAGGUGUAUGUUCAUACAAAGCGGAACGUUCUGAUCGAAAUUCACCCAGAAACCAGAAUCCCUCGUACAUUUGACCGUUUUGCAGGUCUAAUGGUUCAACUUCUCAUGAAAUUCAGCAUUCGUGCUGCAGAUAGUUCACAGCGACUUUUGAAGGUAGUUGUUUCAGCUUUUUCUUUUACUGUGAUUAAAAAUCCAGUCGAGAACUACUUGCCCGUUGGAUGCAAAAAGUACUCUACCUCUGUUCAUGUUGAAAAGUUGACUACCUUGCGGGACAUCGUUCCGCCUGAAGAUCCGGUGGUAAUCGUCGUUGGAGCUAUAUCACACGGACAGAUUGCCCAAGAUUACUGUGAAGAAACAUUAAAGAUCAGUUCUUUUCCUUUGUCGGCUGCUACCACCUGUGCAAAGAUUUGCGACGCCUUUGAAGAAGGGUGGGGAAUCAGAUGA